UGAGAUAUCCGGUGUUACCCCCUCAUGCUAAACACGCCCGUCCAAAACAACCGCGCCGCCUGACGCCGCAGCACCGUAACGUUCCGCUGAGAGAGCGGUGAAAGCAGCGUGUGUUAUCAGCGCUCCUCGGGUGGGGGGGACUUGCAGCCUGGUGUCCAGCAGCAGGACAUGGCGGCUGAAACUGUGGUCACUGUCCGUCUGGUGAGGUCCUUCGAGCACAGGAACUUCAAACCAGUUGUGUUUCACGAAGUCAAUUUGGACCAGACGGUGCAGGACUUCAUGAAGCUUGUGAGGGAGGAUAUUACAACAAGACCAGGGCUUCCUCCUCCGUUCAGGAAAUAUGCUUAUGACACAAUGAAAAUUAUCCACCAGGCGCAUGGAUCAAAGACUAAUGAGCUGGUGAUGAGUUUAGAUGACGAUGAAAAGCUCAUUCUGCAUGAUGGCCAAACCCUUAGAACUGCUGGUGUUGCUAAUGAAACAGAAGUGGCCUUCUUCAGGAGAGAAGACUACGGUCUCUAUAAAGCAAAUCCCAAAACUGCCUGGUAAACACAGUGUUUUACUUUGCAGCAGAGGAGACAGAGGUUAAAGGGCGAGCACGCCAGGACCAAUGGGAGAACAUGAAUGGUGCCAUCAAGUUUAGAAAGUAGAGUUUUAAUUUGUGGGCUUGUUUUUAAAGUUGAAGCUUAUCAUGCACCACACUAAUGUUCCUUUUUAUUGUUUUUUUUUUUUCCUCUGGUGAUGUGUUUAGUUGUUUUAAAAUAUGCUGAAUAAAGUUUUCUGAUAGCUGGA